AUGAAUAGCAACGUCGAUCUUGCUCCGAUGCCAUCAAUCGCACCAUCACCAAACGAACCGCUGAUUGAUAACAAUGAUAUUACUCAUUCUCAACAAUCAGUUAGUAGUAAUUCAAGUAGUAAAGUCACCAGAUCGGUUGCGGAAGCAGCAGUAGCAACAAUAACAUUAUCACCACGGUCACUUCCAUCACAAUCAUUUAAUAAUUUUCUCUUAGUCUCAACAGAAAACGAAAAUAAAAUAGAAUUAAAUUCAGCAAUCAAUUUGAAUUUAAAUGCAUUGGAAGAAAAUGAAAAUAUUAUGAAUUUAAAUACAUCAGAUAAUCAAAAUCAUCGUCAACAAGAACAACUACCAUCGAUACCAUUACCACCAACAGUUAUAACUCAUGACGUUAAUACAACAGACGAUGAAGCUAAAGAAAAUUUAUGUAUUAUCACAGAAGAAAUAAUUUUUAAAAAAAUGCUUUUUGAUCCACCAACAAAAGAAUGGAUAAUGAAACAACUUACUGAUCUUAAAUUAAUUAGAACUAGAAGUAAUUUACCAUCUAUAGUCAUUCCAAAGUAUGGAGUUCAACGUGAUAUCACUAUAAAUAGUAGACCAGUUAUCAUCAAAGAUAUUAAAUCAGAUGGAAAUUGUUUAUUUCGGUAA